CUUGAGGAUGCCGAGCUUCACGGAGCUGUAGACGACACCGACGCCGAAGGCGGAGAUCCUGGCCACCUGCAAAGCAACAUCCAUCAUGAGGACAAGAAACCUGACCGUCAGCCAGUCAGUCAGCCAAAUCUAAUCUGCGAGGCCGCGGAUGAAUCAACAACAUCCAUCGCGAGGACAAAAAACUUAUCCACUCUGGAAAAUCAGAAUGACUAGAGACAAUGUGACACACUCAAAUCCAUGUGCAUUCCUCCAAACUUAACUGAAUGAACAGAGCAUAGUUUUCACUUUUCAGUAUAUCAUCCAAAGAUACUACCAAACUGUGUAGUCCGUUAGUAAAAUCACUGAAACCUCUUUCCUGCUUUCAACAAAGGGCCCAACUGAUGUCUGAAGCUAUUGUACUUGACAGACAUAGUUUGUAGCUAAAGAUGACAAACAUGGAAGCACCGUGCACACAUCAGUUAGAUAAACAAGAAUGUGCAGGCGCAUGUACCACAUGGUUAGAAAAAAAUGUUUAAAUCCGGGAAGAGAGAGGCCUAAUAAUGUGCAGGAGGAGAGAGGUGGGCAUGGCCGGGAAGAAGCCAGCGGCGCUGAGCACUGCGCCUUCCGAGGGCGAGGAGAGCGCCGUCGUCCCCAGCUCCACUACCAAGCGCGGGCCCGGUAGACCUAAGAAGGACCCGUCCCUGCCGCCGCCGCCGGCGCCAGCCCCGGCUCCACUGGGGAAGGGGGAGAAGGCGGCCACCCCAAAGAAGAAGAAGGGUGAGAUGGAGAAGGCAGCCACCCCGAAGAAGAAGGAAGGGGAGAAGGCGGCGGCGCCAGAGAAGAAGGAGAAGGGGGAGAAGGCGGCGGCGGCAGAGAAGAAGAAGGAGAGAUGGCAGCGUCCUUGGAGAAGAAGGGGGACAAGCCGGUGAAGAAGAAGAAGAAGAAGAAGAAGGGGGACACGGCGGCGACCCGUCUCGUCCCAGCGUGGGUGGUGGUGGCGGCGACGAGAUCGUGGGGGAGAAGAGGAGUUCGACCGAGGGGUGGGUGAGGUUCACGAAGGGAUUGGUGGGGUGGGAGUGGAUCGGGUGGUGGGUGCUACGGCGGU